AUGGUGUGCAUUGUGACAUCUCUCAUCGCUUCCAGCAUCUUCUGCUGCGUAGUGUUUACCGUUUUCCUCCUCUAUCGUCGAUGCGCCUCAUCCUAUGCGGGGCUCAGUUCACUUUGCCAGGCCGGAAGCGGCGGCGGCGGCAGCAACAAUAACCGAGUGAAUGCGUCGCCGGCGCUCCUGACCAGUUUCCUGACUCCCUGCUACUUGGAUCUGAGGCCUGUGGAGGCGACUAACAGCACAAUGCUAUUUCGUGGGCUGGAGAUAAAGAAUGACUUUAACCAGGACAUCCUACCGAAGGAGGACGAGGAGGAGGGGACGCCGAGGAUAGAGAUUGCAACGCAGCUUAUUUAG